AUGCUGGUGGAGCUUUUUUUGAUUAAUCCUCCAGUGUAUGGUCAUUGUUUAGGUGAUCAAAAGGCGUUGUUGCUUAAGCUCAAGAAUGGCCUUACAUUCGACUCAUCUUUGUCAACCAAACUGGUAAGAUGGGAUCAAAACACUGACUGCUGCCAGUGGCCAGCUGUAAGUUGUGAUCAGAAAGGUCAUGUGCUUGUUUUGGAACUGGACAACGAAGCAAUUUUCAGCGGACUUGAGAAUCCAACCAGUCUAUUCGAUCUUCAGUAUCUUGAGAAACUGAAUUUGGCUUAUAACUAUUUAAACUCUGUUCAAAUACCAACAGAAGUUUAUAAGCUCACAAACUUAGCAUACCUGAAUUUGUCAUAUGCCGGUUUUGGUGGGCAGAUUCCAAUGGAAUUGUCAAGAUUGACGAAGUUAACGUUUCUUGACGUUUAUAAUGUCGCAUUAAAGCUUGAGAGCGGAGAUCUGAAGACACUGGUUGGAAACCUGCCAAAUCUUAGAGAACUUCAUCUUGAUGAAGUGAACAUAUCAUUGAAGGCCGGGGAUUGA